CUAGCCACUUGGCUUCGCUACUCUCUCCUUACUCCUUCAUAUCCUUCUCUUCACGUUCUCUUUUUCUCCAACUUCUUUUCUCCUUUCUCUCCUCUGCUUCAUUUCUUUCUUGGUCAGUUCUCACUUUCACUUCUUUUCUUCUCAUUUUCAUCUCUCAAAUCUUGUUUGUUUUCUAAGAAAAUCCACCUUCUCUUCUUGGGGUUGUUAGUUUUUGUCAUUUGUUUCGCUUUUUACUGCUUUUUUUCAUUAUCGAUGCUUGGUUUAUAGAUUUUUAGGAGCUUGUUCUCUUCGUUUCUUGCUGUUGGUGUGAAAGAAAAAACGCAAGGGGAACUUUGGAUAAGCAUCUUGAUUCCCCAUAAUGGACCUUGAGGCCUCCAAGCCACAAAAGAGGAAGAAGGGCUGGGUGGACAUCUUGGUUAAUUUUCGAUGGAUUAUAGUUAUUUUUGUAGUUCUCCCGUUCUCAUUCAGUUUCUACUUCAUCCAAUAUCUUGGAGACAAACGAUCAGAGAGGAAGUCCUACAAGCAGCGGCAGAUUGAACAUGAAGAAAAUGUCCAGAAAGUUGUUGAACGCCUCAAACAGAGAAACCCUUCGAAGGAUGGUCUUGUCUGCACUGCCCGCAAGCCAUGGCUUGCGGUUGGAAUGCGAAAUGUUGACUACAAACGAGCACGACAUUUUGAGGUUGAUCUAUCGGCUUUCCGAAACAUACUUGACAUCGAUAAGGAGAGAAUGAUUGCAAAAGUUGAGCCCCAUGUGAACAUGGGACAAAUAUCUAGAGCCACAAUUCCAAUGAACCUUUCACUUGCAGUGGUGGCUGAGCUCGAUGACCUUACUGUUGGUGGCCUCAUCAAUGGCUAUGGCAUUGAAGGAAGCUCCCAUAUCUAUGGUCUUUUCUCGGAUACUGUUGUGGCCUAUGAGAUCGUUCUUGCAGAUGGCAGGGUCGUAAGAGCAACCAAGGAUAAUGAAUACUCAGAUCUUUUCUAUGCCAUCCCGUGGUCUCAAGGAACUCUGGGCUUUCUUGUGUCUGCUGAGAUCAAACUCAUACAUAUAAAGGAAUAUAUGAAACUUACUUACCUACCUGUGAAAGGAAAACUACAGGAGAUUGGGCAGGCGUACAUGGACUCAUUUACGCCUAGAGACCUAGAUCAAGAUAACCCCGAGAAAGUUCCCGAUUUUGUGGAAACCAUGAUUUAUUCUCCUACCGAAGCCGUGUGCAUGACAGGAAGAUAUGCAUCCAAAGAAGAGGCCAAGAAGAAAGGGAACGUGAUCAACAGCAUUGGUUGGUGGUUCAAACCUUGGUUUUACCAGCAUGCACAAAAAGCACUGAUAAAGGGGGAGUUCGUGGAAUAUAUCCCAACAAGAGAGUACUAUCACAGGCACACCAGAUCUUUGUACUGGGAGGGAAAGCUUAUCCUUCCUUUUGCCGACCAAUGGUGGUUUCGGUUUCUGUUGGGAUGGAUGAUGCCUCCCAAGGUGUCUCUACUGAAGGCUACUCAGGGUGAAGCUAUCAGAAACUAUUACCAUGAGAUGCAUAUAGUCCAAGACAUGCUUGUGCCUCUUAGAAGAAUCGGAGAUACUUUGGAGUGGAUCCACAGGGAGAUGGAGGUAUACCCAUUAUGGCUCUGCCCCCACAGAUUGUUUAAACCCCCAAUGAAAACAAUGGUGUCUCCUGAACCAGGAUUUGAGCUUCAAAUCAAGCAGGGCGACACCUCCUAUGCUCAGAUGUACACAGAUAUAGGAGUGUACUAUGCUCCAGGGCCCGUCCUGAGGGGUGAAGUUUAUGACGGUGCUCAGGCGGUUCGCAACAUGGAGAACUGGCUUAUUGAAAUUCAUGGUUUCCAACCACAGCACUCGGUGACCGAGAUGAGCGAGAAAGAGUUCUGGAAAAUGUUUGAUUCCGAACUUUACGAGGCGUGCCGAAAGAAGUAUGGAGCUAUAGGGACGUUUAUGCAUGUUUAUUACAAAUGUAAGAAGGGAAGGAAGACUGAGAAGGAAGUCGAGGAAGCUGAAAAUGCUCAAGCUGAAACUGCUUAUGCUGAUGUAGAGCAGGCAAGUGAGUGAUGGUUGUGAAUUACUGAACAAUAAAACAGAGUAGCAUUCUUGUGUUUUCCUCACGUUAUUUCUGGGUUCUCUGUGUCUAAUAAUGUCUUGCCUUUGAAAUUUUAAUGUUGUGUUUGUAUUAUUGUAUAUUGUAAUGUCCAAACUGAAAAAAUGGUUGAAAAGAGUAAAUCAAAUUUAUUAAAUUGCUCUAAA